AUGCCCGAAAGGCCACAGUUCUCGGCUACUCUGCGAACAAGUCCACAACCAUGGUUGGCUCCGUACAAAGACUCGGACCUAACACACGACAUAUCCCGGUUUCUGUCCUCGCUCUGGCCAUGGAGCUCACCUCCACGUCCACCAAACGCACAAGCUCAAGCUCUUCUGUACAUGCUCAAAGCUCUGGAAGCAGCAAUAGAGACAUAUCUCGAAGAAUCCGUUCGGCAUAUCAAAAUCACAAACCCCGUACUUAUCGAAUAUCCACGCUUCUACAAUCACACGAUAACUUUAGCCAGCUCAGCCCCCGGAAUGAUACUAGGCAAGUACAAUCUUCUUGCAGCUGAAGCCGCGGCAACAGCCUACGAUAUCAGAGGGAGUUGCAACAUGCAUGACUACGUCCCCUCUGGAGCAGAAGACAAAUCAUCACCUUUAUUCGUGGCUGUAAGCCAUGACCGCGCUGCACUCACCGCUGUCCUGAUGGUCGAAGAUUGCGACAUCUACGAAGAUCUUCGCACCUUCCAUAAUACCACACUUGGCAGCGAUAAUAGUAUCAGUGCGGAAGAACAAUAUACCAUGAUGAGAAGCGGUCUAGAAGCGGUCAUGAAACCACCUUAUCCAAAGAGCAUGUACACGUCCACGAAAAUCUGGGAUGUCAUUCUCCUCGGCGAGUCGACGGAUGAUCCAGUAUUGCAUUCUGUACUUGAGGAUGUCCUGGCAUACGCGCUUAUUGACCAUAAAUUUGCUAUUGAGAUCAAAGACGCAAAGGCAGUCAGUCCUCUGUUUGCUGCUGCUCGUGGUGCAGCUAAAGGAUGUUUAGGCUAG